GUUGGUCAAUAAGUUAUAAAAUGCUGUAUAUUAUUUAUAUAAUGCUGUAACUUUUGAUUUAAAUCACUAAUAAAGAUCAAUGAAUGAAUAAACAUCUUAUAAAAUAAAGUUUUCAAAGUAGUAACAAAACGCGAAAUUUGAAACGUACCAACUUCGCAUUGUUAAAACAAAUUAACAUAAACUAUACUUUUUAUCAGCUCUCAGUUGAAGUUUGGAGCUCAGUGUCAAGGUUCGCCAUCGCCACUAUAGAAAUUACAUAUUGUAGUUAACAACUUCUACAGUACCAGGUACUGUACUUUUGAAUAUUAUUCAAUUCAAUUUGCGUUAUACGCUUGUGGUAAACGGUCGUACGCGAAUUGAGCAGGAUGUCUACAGCCGGUAAAGUUAUUAAAUGUCAAGCUGCGGUCGCAUGGGAGGCUGGAAAACCUCUUUCGAUUGAAGAAAUCGAAGUUGAUCCCCCGAAAGCCGGCGAAGUGCGUGUAAAGAUUUUAGCAACCGGCGUCUGUCACACCGAUGCCUACACUCUGUCAGGUAAAGAUCCCGAAGGGGUAUUCCCCGUCGUCCUCGGUCAUGAAGGUGGUGGAAUCGUGGAGAGCAUCGGCGAAGGCGUCACGUCAGUCAAGCCCGGCGACCACGUCGUGCCGCUGUAUGUGCCCCAGUGCAAUUCGUGCAAGUUUUGCUUGAGCCCUAAAACCAAUCUUUGCCAAAAAGUUCGCAUAACCCAAGGCCAAGGUGUGAUGCCCGACGGGACGAGGCGAUUCCGCUGCAAGGGCAAGGAGCUUUAUCAUUUCAUGGGAUGUUCCACAUUUAGUGAAUAUACAGUCGUUCUGGAAAUUUCGUUGUGUAAGGUUAAUGAAGACGCAGCGUUGGAUAAAGUAUGUCUUCUCGGAUGCGGAGUGCCUACAGGCUACGGAGCAGCAUUGAACACUGCCAAAGUGGAACCUGGAACGAAUUGCGCUAUAUUUGGUUUGGGUGCUGUCGGGCUUGCUGUAGCACUGGGCUGCAAGGCGGCGGGGGCUAAGCGAAUCAUCGGUGUCGAUAUUAACAAUGACAAGUUUGAAGUGGCAAAGAAGUUUGGAGUGAAUGAGUUUGUUAACCCUAAAGAUUACGACAAACCGAUUCAGCAAGUACUUGUUGAUUUGACGGAUGGAGGUCUGGACUACACAUUCGAGUGUAUUGGUAAUAUCAACACAAUGCGUGCUGCCCUGGAGGCUUGCCACAAAGGUUGGGGGGUAUCUGUCAUCAUUGGAGUGGCUGCAGCGGGAGAGGAGAUCAGCACUCGUCCGUUCCAGCUGGUGACAGGUCGCACAUGGAAGGGCACAGCUUUCGGUGGAUACAAGAGCCGUGAAAGUGUUCCAAAGUUGGUAGAUGAAUAUGUUAACAAGAAGCUGCCUUUGGAUGAGUUUGUUACUCAUAAUGUGCCUCUGAAAGAAAUCAACGAAGCAUUCCAUUUGAUGCAUGUUGGUAAAUCUAUCAGAGCUGUAGUGCACAUGUAAGCCUGAGAGCUUCAAAUAUAUUUUUGUACUCAGAAGCAUUUAUAAAUGUUAUUAAACCUUAAUACUGAAUUUGUAUAAGCUAUCACAUGUUAAUAAAGUAAUAUUUCCAGAA